GUAGGAAAAAAAAUGGAUGUAAAAAUAUGCAAAUGACCAACGCUCGCAAAAGGAUUAUAUAAUAUAUGACUGACUUUUUGCGCUGUCGCCAGCGUUACUUUUAACAGACAUCUCAUAGAGUUGUAUGUAUUCAUCUCAGACGUCAAUUUGUCGCGCAACAUGAUGCAAAAGUCCUGUCUCCCAGAUCCUGCGUAAGUUCUACCAGCCUUCAAAACGUAAAUGCGGUCAACUCGGCAGAAAAUGUCAUGACUUUCGGGUGCAUUUUUAACAUAAAUUUAAUUCCAUCGAUUCAUUCGAAAAUCAUACAAGCGGAUCGGAAACAGAAGUAUACUAAGAAUUUACUUUCCGGGAAGGCCAUCCCUGGCUGAUCGAUGAAAAUUUCUUCCCUUAGCUUUAGAUAGCAUAAAUAGCGCGUAGAUAUGUUCGUUUCGUCAAAUUAGUAUAUUUCAGCUGAUAGUUGUUUUGAGUUUGCAUCUAUAGCGGUUGAUAUACCCAUAAUUUUAUCGAAAAUUUAAUGAGAAACUAAAAAAACAAUAGAGUCAUAACUAUGCCAUAAUCGUAAUAUAAUUAAGAACUUAAACUAAGAAAAUGUUGAACAUAUCCUCCUAUUUUUGAAGGAUGUAAUAAACGAAUAGAUUGAAAGAGAUAUUUAGCGCUUGAGUGUCACUUCUUAAGUGAAAGGAAUUUUCUAUGUAAGCGUAACUGAAGGUUUUUAGAAUUUCGAUGGUCAAUUUAUCGAUAGUUUUAAGUGUUGAUUGUGAUCCCCAUAUCUAAUUGAAAAGAAAAGAGCUAUAAUGUCAAUAAAGAAAUUGUUUAUUUUUUGUUUUCUUGGAUUAUUUUACGAAACGGUAUCUUUUAAGCCAGUGAUUUUGAUGCAUGGAAUUUUAUCAGGAUCAGAAAAAAUGAACAUAAUGGUUCAAGAAAUUGAAAAGGCACACCCUGGGACGAAAAUAUACAACUUUGACAAAUUUGAUGGUUGGUAUAGUCUAGAAAAUAUUUGGCGACAAGUUGUGGAGUUUCGAAACUUUUUGGAUGAAAUUGGAAGUAAACAUCCAGAGGGUAUUAAUGUAGUAGGAUACUCGCAAGGAGGACUUAUUGCACGUGCUGCUAUUCAGACACUUCCUCUGCACAAAGUUAGUACUUUUGUUUCGUUAUCUUCGCCACAGGCUGGCCAAUUUGGUGCCAACUUUUUGCAUCUGAUAUUUCCGGACUUAGCUGCGAAUACCGCUUACGAACUUUUCUAUUCUAAUGUUGGUCAGCACAUAUCAAUAGCUAAUUAUUGGAAUGAUCCUGUGCAACAGGAAUAUUAUUAUAAAUAUAGCAAGUUUUUGCCUUUUAUAAAUAAUGAAAUCCAAACGUUCAAUUCCAGUCAGUACAAAAAUUCUAUACUACGAUUGAAUAGAAUGAUUUUAAUUGGAGGUCCAAAUGAUGGGGUAAUUACACCAUGGGAAUCCAGCCACUUCGGUUUUUUUAAUAAAACUUUGAAUGUAAUACCUCUACACAAGCGAAAAAUCUACACAUCCGACACGAUUGGAUUAAAGAGUCUUUUGCAAAAUGGUAAACUUGUAAUAAUAAUAAAACCAUUUGUACAUCAUCUUACGUGGCAUACUAAUAGGCGCGUUAUUCAGGAUGUAAUUCUUCCAUAUUUGGACUAAAAGAUGGAAGCAACAUCGGCUUUAUUGUAAUUAAAUAUGUAAAAUUAUUUAAAUAAACAGUUGACUUUAAAAACUUA